CGUCUUUUACACCACCUCUUUAGAAUCCGAGUUCGCGCAUAUUUCACAUACUUACCUGACUGCACAAAUAUUCCUCGCAACCUUCGGCGAUAUGACGUUCUACCAAGCACUAGAGUUCCAUGAUGGCGAGAAGUUGAUGCAAAAGAAGCUGCACGUACCAGGACUUGACAACCCUACUGUACCGAUGCUAUCACCCCAAGCGGCGAAUAUGCUCCAACGAGCUCCAUUACUGGCGUUCGGCACGUUGGACCCGGAAGGACGACCUUGGACAACUGUAUGGGGAGGCAACACCGGGUUUUCGAAACCACUCGGUAACAACAUGAUUGGGAUCCGGACGUCUGUUGCGGCGAAGCUGGACCCCGUGGUAGAAUUUCUGGUAGGUUCAGACGCCAAGGGUGAAGUAGUGAAGGAAGAGGGAGAAGGAAGGUUGCUUAGCGGACUGGCCAUAGACUUAGGAACGAGGAAGAGAGUCAAACUUGCAGGCAAGAUGGUGGCGGGUAUGCUUGGUAGCGAAGACAGCGACGAGAGCAUGGAGAAUGUUCAGCAGGGAGUGCUACAGCUCGUCGCACAUAUCGAUGAGAGCCUGGGCAACUGUCCAAAGUAUCUCAACAAGCGAGAUAUACAUCCGGCAGCUACUGAUCCCAAGCUCGUUUCCGACUCUGCGACGUUGGAUCAAAAAGCCAUGGAUCUGAUCCACAAGGUAGAUCUCAUGUUUCUCAGCACGAACAGCGGAUCUCACAUGGACACAAACCACAGAGGUGGUUCUCCAGGCUUCAUACGAUGUUUGCCUCAAGAAGGCGGUAACACACAAUUUGUCUACCCAGAGUAUUCUGGCAAUCGGUUGUAUCAGAGCUUAGGAAACAUGAUUCUGGAACCCAAAGCUGGCUUCUGUUUUCCAGACUUCGAGACGGGCGACUGUCUCUUCGUGACCGGAACCACAGAGAUACUCUUCGGAAAGGACGCCGCAGAGAUCAUGCCCCGCUCAAAUUUGGCAGUCCGAGUAACAAUCACUGCAGCGAGACAUGUAGCAUCCGUACUCCCAUUCCGAGGAGACACUGGUGAAUUCUCUCCGUACAAUCCGGUUGUGAGGUACCUUGCCACUGAGCAGGCUGCUUCAAGAGCAGAUACCUUGAAUCAAAACCAGAUCACAGCAAAACUUCUCGAACAGACAACACUCACUCCGACAAUCUCGCGAUUUCGAUUUAGCCUGUCAAACGCCGCCACCUUCAAAGCCGGUCAGUAUGUUACCAUUGACGCUUCCGAGCACCUGGACUUUGGUUACAGUCACAUGCGAGACGACGACCCCCGCAGUUUGAACGACGACUUCGUCCGCACCUUCACCGUAUCAUCGCCGCCUGGUCUGCCACCCCAUCCAAGCAAACGCCUCGCAGAUGACGAGUUUGAGAUCACAAUACGCAAAGUCGGUGUCGUAACCGAUCUUCUGUUUAAACAUGGAUUGAAAAAGGGAGCAGAGUUUGAGGUUGGGAUCAAAGGUUUCGGAGGAGAGUUUGUGGUAGAGCAGACUGAGGAAAAGCCAGUCGUUGCAUUCAUCGCUGCUGGUGUAGGCAUUACGCCAUUGAUGCCUUGCCUGACUUCGCUAGAAUUGGGGUCGCUCCGGUUGCUCUGGACGUUACGUGCGGCAGAUAUCGGCCUUGCGCUCGAUAUGAUCGAGAACGCGCAGGAACUGGCUCGAAGUCUCACUCUGUUCGUCACUGGAAUGGAUUUCGCAUCCGAUGAUGAUAAAAGAUCGCUCAAGAACGUUGAGGAACAUGGUGUGCGGAUUGAGUAUCGGCGUAUGGAGAAAGGCGAUCUCGAGCGGUUGAUACCAGAGGUCAGAAGAUGGUAUAUCUGUACAGGCACGGGCCAGAGAAGUGCUGUCUUGCAGUGGUUGAGCGGUCAAGAAGUGCUUUAUGAAGAUUACAACUUCUGAAUUAGCAGGGAGAAACAUUCAAAUAAAUCAUUGCUCAUCCCAGACUUUCCAGACCAAACGCUCUCCACUGACCGUACCACUUCUCAUGAUAUCUAGGGCCUUCUGUGCUCUAGUCAGAAGAUCAUCACCCUGAAUCUCCCUGUACUGAUUAGGUUGAACCGCACCCUGGGCCAACAUGCCACCCAAGAUCUCUGGCAUAAGAUUAUCUCGCAAGAAUGCGUUCUGCAAAAUGGCAAGUUAGCA